UCCUCCGAUCAAUGCGGCAGCAGGGAAAGGCAAAGAAGCCCCCGACUUUGAGGGACGGAAACCGUAAGGAAAAUACGGAUCAAACGAUGCGCUAAACAUCCGCUACCUUCUUACCUAUUUUUUUUUAUUCAUUAUUGAGCUGCUGUCUGUAGCCUACAGCCAAGUCCGCUAUGAUGGAUAACCUGGCGUAAAUAUUAGGGAGUGAGAAAAAAAAAAAUUCCUAACAGACUAGACUGCUCUGUCUGCGUUGAGGAUAUUUUGACAUCAUGGACCGACAUGUGAAAUGCUCAGAUCUCAUGGAAAGGCCGCCUCGAGUAGACUCCGUGUACACCGGUCGGUCGUCUCAGCAGUGGUAGGCCUACUAGCCUACAUUCAAAGUUUUUUGGGAAAAGGAAAUUUACUGCAUCGGAUUCCUGUAGAGGGGAUGUCCUCCGCCGCGCGUCGAGCCCCAGCGGCGGAGCGAUCUGCGGUCUAACGGAACAGUCAAACAGGGUGGAAAAUGAGCGAUGCGGCAGACGGCCCGGGGAUGAGACGGACUUUUAUCGUUCCGACCAUCACAUCUUUCGAUCACUACGACUUCACCAGGGCUAAGAUCAAAUGCAGCCUGACAUGGCUGGUUGCAAAAGCCUUCGGAUCGGAUGCGGUUCCGGAGGAGCUGGCCGAGCCCUUCUACCUGGACCAGUACGCCCAGGAGCACCUGAAGCCCCCGGUGGCCUGCCUGCUUCAGUCCGCCGAGCUCUACUGCCGCGCCGGGAGCCUGAUCCUCCGCAGCGACGCCGUCAAACCCCUGCUGGGACACAACGCCGUCAUCCAGGCGCUGGCGCAGAAGUGCCUGUACGUCACCGACCAGGACCGGCUGGUCACCGAGAGGGACCUGACCGGCUCGCCCAUACACAUGAGCUCCCACCUGGCCCUGAUCGACGCCCUGAUGAUGGCCUACACGGUGGAGAUGGUGAGCGUGGAGCGCGUCAUGUCCUGCAUCCACCGCUGCUCCUCCGCCGAGCCCUCGUACGCCGACGGACACGCGCAGGAGCUGCCCUACGACACGGAGGACGCCAUCGUCACCUGGAUCAACAAGGUAAACCAACACCUGAGGGACAUCGUGGUUGAGGAGCAGACUCUGAGAGAGGCCUUCUGCCAGGAGAGCCAGGUUACACGCAAGGCGCGCUACAGGAGAGAGCAGGCCCAGCAGAGGAGUGCUCCCCCGCUCCCCCUAGUGGAGAACCUGCUGAAGGACAACGCAGACGGCUGCUCCCUGGCUGCACUGCUGCACUUCUACUGUCCCCGGGCCGUUCCAAUGGACGAUAUCUGCCUGAAGGAGACCAUGUCCCUGGCUGACAGUCUGUACAACCUGCAGCUGGUGCAUGACUUCUGCAGGGACAACCUCAACCACUGCUGCCACUUCAGCCUGGAGGACAUGCUCUACACCCACGCCUCCAUCAAGAGUAACUACCUAGUGUUUAUGGCAGAGCUCUUCUGGUGGUUUGAAGUGGUAAAGCCCUCCUUCGUACAGCCGAGGGUGUUCGACCCACAAGCUUGUGAUCCGGUCCCAGCGACCAGGAGCAUGGCGCCAGUGUCCAGCCCCGUCAAAGAGAGCUAUGCAGACCGCCCAGCCAGCCAAGAGCCCACCCCUACUGAAGGUGCAAUGAAACGAUCCACCUCCAUGUCGUAUAUGGAAGGUUGCGUGGGGACGUGGCCCAAAGAGAACCGAUCACGCGGGAUUUCCUUUGAGAUCCCGCUGGACGGCGACCUAUCAGGGCUGUCCGGGGAAGGCUCCUCCCACCGCGGAGGCAUGACCCGUUCGGCCAGCUCCGACGGUCUGGGGUUCAAAGUUCACUAUGCAACGCGCGGCGUUGGCCUGAGGCGCCACCAGUCCCUCGUGCCCGUCGCUGUGAACGGACAGAAGGACAGCAGACACAUCGCCGAGGAGGAGGAGGACUACGGCUCCCAGAAGCCCCUGGGGCGGAACAACACGUUCUCGAUCAAGAACCAAAGCAGGUAUUCCAACGGCGGGAUCCCGGACGGCCCCCACCACGGUAACCACGGCAACCACGGCGGCCGCAUCAGCCCCACCACGCCCCCCAGCAUCGAGGAGGCCCUGAAGAUCAUCCACGACAACGAGCGGCCCCACGCCAGCCUGGGCCUCGGGGCCCCGGACAACGGCUUCUUCCUCCACGGGGGGGAGGCCCCCGACCGCCAGGGGCCCCCCGGCCUGGGCCAAGACCCGGGCUCUCCCGCCAAGGCCGAGCGCGAGCCCAGCUCCCUGUCCACGGACGAGGUGGACACGGGCAUCCACGUGAGGACGGAGGACAUCCAGAGCCUGGACGAGGACUCCUCCUCCCUGAGGGACUACUCAGACAUCGACCCAGACUACGAGGCCACCACCCGCUCCUGCCCACUGCCCAACAGGCAGGACAGGUCUGUGGGGGGGGGGAGGAGGAGACGGAGGAGGGGGGGUGCUAGGGGCGGGCCCGCCGACGACGCCCACCCCGUAGGGGAGAGAGGGGAGGGGGCUGAGCGGAGCAGCCCCCUCCGGCCGCGGGCGGGGUCCACGCUGCCCAGGUCCCACACCGUCAGCCCCGUCUCCUCCUCCACCGGCGGGUCGGGGCUGGUCCGCAUGACCAGCUUCGCCGAGCAGAAGUUCAGGAAGCUGGAAGGGAGGAGCAGCGGGGGGACCACGCCAGAGAGCUCCGAGCUCAACCUGUCCUACCCGCGGCCCGCCAGAGCCCUGUCCCUCGAGAGCGCUGGUCCCCCGCUGCCCAUCAGCUCUCCAAACACGCCCUCACCCAGGGACCCCACCCACCUGCUGGCCUCAGAGAUGGUGCACCUCAAGAUGAAGCUGGAGGAGAAACGCCGGGCCAUAGAGGCCCAGAAGAAGAAGGUGGAGGCAGCUUUCACGCGCCACCGCCAGAGGAUGGGCAGAACAGCCUUCCUCAACGUGGUGCGGAGGAAAGGCAUCACCUCCCCGGUCAGCAGUCACAGCACGGAGUCGGCAGCAGCAGCGGAAGCAGAGCCAGAGCCAGAGCCCGCUCCCAGGGAGCCCAGCGAGCUCGCCAGCCUGGGCCGGGCAGAGAGGUGCAAGCCCGACGGAGCAGCGCCAAAGUCCCCCUGUGAAGACGGCGUGGGUUCUGGGGAGAUCGACAUCACGGAGUACACGCGCUCCAUCGAGAGGCUGAACACGUCGCUGGGCUUCCUGCAGACGGAGAUGCAGCGUCUGGCCCAGCAGCAGGAGACCAUCAUGUCCAUGAGGGAGCAGCAGGCCUGGGUCAUCCCGCCUCCGGCCCCCUCCCCACACAGACAGCUCAGAGAGCUGCGCAGCAGCAGCGUGGUGGGCCGGGGGUCGGGCCGUGGCUCCGUGGGGUCACUGUCUCCCAUCCUGUCCUCGUCGGGGUCGCCCCGCGCCCCGCACCGCUCCCCCGCCGGGCUCAAGCGCCGCCCGGCCUCCUUCCACGCCAGGACGCCCCGCACCCCGCGGCCCAACGACCUGAAGGUCACGCCCUUCAGCCGCAUGCUCAACACCCCCACCUCGGUGGACAGCCUGCCCCGGCUGCGGCGCUUCAGCCCCAGCCAGACCCAGACCAGCUCCUUCGCCUACCUGGGUCACGACGAGGGCCCCCUGGCCCUCGACAGCCUGGACCCCCAGGACCCCCUGGACCCCCAGCAGAGGGACAGGCACCCGGAGGAGGGGCCGAGGCAGAGUGCGGGCGCUCUCCGGCCUCCCGCCAAAGGAGCCGACGCCGAGCCCGACCCCGGGGAGCGGCGGGAGGUGGCGGCGGCGGGGAAGGCGACCGAGGGGGUGAUCUCGUCGGAGGUGCGGAGCCAGCCGGGGGCGGACCACCAGGGGCACGGCCGGCGGCAGGGGACGGCGGAGCAGAGCGACCCGGGCAGGAGAGACCUGAGGGAGGUGCCCCUGUUCCAGAAGGACGACACAGAGGAAGAGGCAGCGUUGGAUGGAGGUGCGGGGAGGGAUGCCUACGGAGAUGACCAGAAGAUGUGCUGUGGCUUCUUCUUUAAGGAUGAUGCCAAAGGUCAAGAGGACAUGGCAGCCAAGAGAGAAGCUCUGCUGGAGAAGAGGCUGAGGAGGGAGAAGGAGGCGCAGGAGAAGAAAGUACAGCAGGAACAGGAACAGGAGGAGAAGAAGGAGGCUGCAAGGUUGAGGGCGGAGGAGGAGCUGCAGAAGAAGGACGACGAGAAAGCGAGGAGGGAUUACAUCAAGAACGAGUACUUGAGGAGGAAACAGCUCAAGCUGAUGGACGACAUGAACGACGUCAUCAAGCCCCGCUCAGGAAGCCUGAAGAAAAAGCCCCGCCCUAAAUCCAUCCACCGGGACGUUGUGGAGUCGCCCAAGCCCCCAGUCAGGGCAGCAGGGGUGCGUCCUCGUGGGUAUUCCGUAUCCAGUGUCUCCCUGGCCUCCCUGAACCUCGGUGACAAUGAAAGCAACCAAUCAGACAACAGGAAAACUCCCAGAGGCAAUAAAGUAGCUUCCUGUCAUAUAUCGUUCUUUCUUAGCUCUCCCAAAGAAAGAAAGGGAAGGCCCGACUCCGCGGGGGGCUUUUCUUCCUGUCCGUCAGCUGGAAGCCGCAACGGAGAGAAGGACUGGGAGAUUGAGUCCACCACCUCCUCCACACCCUCCAACACAGAGUACACAGGACCCAAGUUGUACAAGGAACCAAGUGCCAAAUCAAACAAACACAUCAUACAGAACGCCCUGGCUCACUGCUGCCUGGCGGGCAAGGUCAACGAAGGACAGAAGAACAAGAUACUGGAUGAAAUGGAGAAGUCGGAGGCCAACAACUUCCUGGUGUUGUUCCGCGACGCGGGGUGUCAGUUCAGGUCGGUGUACACCUACUGCCCCGAGUCGGAGGAGAUGACCAAGCUGGCCGGCAUCGGCCCCAAGAGCAUCACCACCAAGAUGGUGGAGGGCCUGUACAAGUACAACUCUGACAGGAAGCAGUUCAGCCACAUCCCGGCCAAGACCAUGUCGGCCAGCGUGGACGCCGUCACCAUCGCCAGCCACCUGUGGCAGACCAAGAAGCAGAGCACCCCCAAAAAACUGCAGCCCAAGUAGCGCAGGACUGAACACACACACACACAGACGCACGCACACGACAAAGACAUCUCUCGAUCAUCAGGAUUACCCAUAUGAAUGGGGGCUUGGUGUAAAUAUCUUUUUCAUCCAAGGGCCAAGUGGUUGUUGACUUGGCAACUGGAAUGUAGGACGGAGAGCUUCAACAAAAGGGCAUCGCAGUAAACAGAACCGAGUGGGACAACUAAGACUUUUCAAUGAGGGCGGUGUACUGUAUGUGUGUGUGUCUGUCUGUGUGUGUGUGUGUGUGUGUGUGUGUGCGUGUGUGUGUGUAUACUUGUGUUGGCAUGUGUAUCCAUGUUCUUCUGUGCCAAAAAAACGAAAGUAAAGAAGAGGCGAUGGACCUUUGCCUUACCUUGUAGUACCGCUGAAGCACUGAAUGUCACUCCUCAGUUAGAGGCAGUUUGGUUAUUCUGAGUUGAUCAUGUGUGGCCUUAUGCUUGUUGUGUGUCUCUAACGGAGAAGCCUGCGGGGUAAAGUCUGGUGGGUGGCGGUGUACAUGCCUGUCGCAGACUCUGUUGUGAUGUGAGCGUUUUUCCCUCUCCCCUCCCCUCACUCAAACAUCUUCUCCACCAUUUCCAGGAGGAAAUGGUUUGGGAGUUUUAACGAAAGAGAGAGAAUGUGAGAGAACAACUUUUUUUUGUAUUAGCACUUAGAAUGCAUUGUACAAGGUGAAUGGAAUGGUCUAAAUGUGUAUGAAUAGUGAAGUGCCAAGAUUGAGGGAAAUACCUCAAGUUGUUGAAUUGCCGUAACUUUCCAUUGAGUGUAUGAUGAUGAUGAUGAUGAUGAUGAGAAUGAUUAUGAUGAUGAGGAUGAAAUCAUUUAGUGUUUUAUCAUGAAACUUACUCUGGAAAGCACCUACAACCGACUUGUUUAAUUUAUUUCAUUUCACAAUAAUGCUUUGACUGUCUGACACGAGGCAUUUUGGGGAUGUUGUUUUUAUCUGAGUAACACAAUGAACGUAAUGUUUAUGAGUUCAAUAUGCUUGUACAUAAUUGAUAUUUCAUUCAAAAUGAAUGACUGAUUAGUCACCUUUUGAGUAGCUUUAAUCGUUCAUCCUUAGCAUAUAUAAUGUAUCAUAGGGCCUUUUGUCGUACUGAAAAAGCAGUGUGAUCGUUCACCAGUGUUGAUAACACAAUUGUGAUUAUUAUAGACACCCCUCCACUGUGUCCUUAAUCUGUGCAAUCUAUGGAGAGUUAAUACAAUUCUAAUCACGUUGCAUUCUGGGCAUUAAAUUAGUCACUUUGCUGUGGAUAAAGCCCCCCUAAAUACAUUGAAAUUCACAACCUAAACCUAAAUCAAACGUGUAUAUACCAGAUCGUUAGCAACAAUAAUAGCAGUAGAUGAUCCAACAUAGUUGACCUAAUUGCUCACUGAACCUUCUAACCAUAUUCCUCACCCUGUAACACCGACAUGCAGUUGGUUUUAUUUGUGCAUCGUUACAUGUUAAUUUUCCUUUUUGCAUAUAUCCAUGUAUUAUGUGUUUACACUGUACAUAUAUAUUUUGUCAUAUGAAAGUAUUUUUUGUAAGCUGCAUUUACCGUUGGAGGGUUUUGUCAGCACAAUUGUAAAGGAAACAGAACAGUGUUCAGCGUGUAGCUUGGAAAAAAAGGACCUGGUGUGAAGUCCUAAUUCGUGCUCUAGAGUGAUAACUUCAGCAGCACAGAGUGAUCGGAUUCGAGGAGUUUAAAGUCUUACUAUUUUUCCAACCUGAUUUCAUUUUGUUUUUAAUUCAUCAAGACGUUUAUGGACCUUGUUAUUUUCUAUUAAUUUGAGCUAUUAAAUUGCCAACUAUCAACUGUCA